AUGGCAUCCAAGGGAGCGCGUAACUUGGGUCGUGUCAAGUUCUUCAAUUCUGUAAAAGGAUAUGGCUUUAUUAUUCCUAAUGAUCCUUCUCCAGAAACACCUCCGGAAGUUUUCGUUCAUCACACUGCUAUUCAGAACAAUGGAGGUUUCAAAAGUCUUAGAGAGGGUGAAGAGGUUGAAUACGAUCUUGUGCAAGGAGUCAAGGGAAUGCAAGCAGCAAAUGUAACCGGACCAAAUGGUGUGCCUGUACAAGGCGAUCCUCACGCAAGCCAACGCAUCAACCCAAAUGCUUAUGGUGCAGAACCUAUGGGCUAUGGAUUCGAUCCCUAUGGUUCAUCUUCAGGAAACUUUGGAUAUCCUGGUCCACAGGCUCAGGCAGGUAUUGUGGACGGCGGGUUUAUGUUCAACAAUCUUCCACAGCCAUAUCCUCCAUACGGACAGCAACCCUUCCCGAUGUAUGGUUACGGAUCAUCGCUGCCAAUCCCGCCCACGUCCCCAAUGGCACAGUUCGCGCCACCUUAUCCCCCAUUCUCACCCCUAGCUGAUAAACGUCUUGGUGAUAACCUUGGUUAA